AUGUUGGCAAUCGAUACCGAGCCCAUAUCAACAAGCGGUCCGAAUAGAAGAGCAGGGGAUCUGGGAUUAUUGAAGGGCGUGAAACUCAUUAUAAACGAAGUGGCAGCCUAAAAACCCUCACUAAAAUCCUAGAGGAACAGCUGCGUGUUUCUGAUUCUUUCAGAUAAUAGCUGCAAAAAUGUACACAUCGAGGAGGAAAAUCCAAAAGGACCAGGGUGUGGAACCUAGUGAAUUUGAGGACUUGGUUGCACAGUCAUUCUUUGAUUUGGAGAAUACCAAUCUGGAGCUGAAAAGUGAUCUAAAGGACAUUUACAUUAAUUCUGCAGCUCAAAUUGAUGUUUCUGGCAAUAGGAAGGCUGUGGUCAUUUAUGUCCCUUACAGGCUGCAGAAAGCUUUUCGAAAAAUCCAUCUGAGGCUUGUUGGGGAAUUGGAGAAGAAGUUUAGUGGGAAGCAUGUAGUCUUGAUUGCUGCUAGAAGGAUCCUGCAUCCUCCAAAGAAGGGUUCUGCUGUUGUGCGACCCAGGACCCGCACUCUCACAGCAGUUCAUGAGGCCAUGUUGGAGGACAUUGUUUACCCAGCAGAAAUUGUUGGAAAGCAUGUUAGGUACAGAGCUGAUGGUUCCAAGAUAAUCAAGAUUUUUCUUGAUCCAAAGGAGCAGAACAAUACUGAAAACAAACUAGAGACCUUUGCUGGAGUCUACAGAAAGCUUUCUGGUAAAGAUGUGGUGUUUGAAUACCCUGUUAUUGUUUCUGCAUAGAGAAAAAUGUGUUUCUUUUCUCCUCUGCCUUGAUGGCUGGGGGUUAAUCUGAGAAUUUUGGAUACACAUGGUUUUUUUGUAGGCUAAGAAUUUUAGAUAUGAUACCUACCUAAUAUUUGAUAAGUUGCAUCAUCAAAGUGUUACUUGGGAGUAUUAUAUUGUUGGUGGUUUUGUCUUAAUUAUACUUUAAUUGAUG